GCGGCUCAGACCUGCAGCCCUCAGAUCAAGUGUUGGUCCAAACUUUUUCUCCAUGGUCUCAGACUGAUCCAGCCGGAACACCGAGCAGUUUUUACGCGCAGCAGCUCCUGCAGCUGGAGCUUUCCCUCCUCCUCAUCAUGGAUGACGAGUUCCUCUCCAACCUCUCCCCGGCUCCUCCCGGAGACCCCGAUGCUUUGACCCCCAACUCCACCUUGGAGCCCGGCUGGUGGGGGUCCUCUGAUGGCGAGGAGACGGUGCACUUCGUGGUGCGCUGCGUCAUGACCUCUGUCUACAUCCUCAUCAUCACCGUGGGUCUGCUGGGCAACAUCACGCUGGUGAAGAUCUUCAUCACCAACAGCGCCAUGCGCAGCGUGCCCAACAUUUUCAUCUCCAGCCUGGCUGCGGGGGACCUGCUUCUGCUGGUCACCUGCGUGCCCGUGGACGCGUUCCGUUUCUUCUCCGAGGCGUGGGUGUUCGGCGAGGCGGCGUGCAAGCUCAUCCCCGCUAUCCAGCUCACCUCUGUCGGGGUGUCGGUGUUCACGCUCACGGCUCUCAGCGCGGACAGGUAUAAGGCCAUUGUGAACCCGAUGGACAUUCAGACAUCUAGCGCCGUCUUCUGGACAUGUCUGAAAGCUGUUUCCAUCUGGCUGCUGUCUGUCCUGCUAGCUGUUCCUGAAGCCAUUUUCUCACAAGUUGUUUCCAUGCAGUCUCCUCAGGGUCACAGGGACAACAUGAACGUCACCUCUUUGAACUGCGUGCCCUACCCGUUGUCCAAUCAGAUGCAUCCCAAGAUCCACUCCGUGAUGAUCUUCCUGGUUUACUUCCUGAUCCCCCUGACCAUCAUCUCCGUGUAUUAUUACCACAUUGCCCGCACGUUAAUCAAGAGUGCCCACGAAAUGCCGGGUGAAGUCAGUGAGCACACCAAGAGACAGAUGGAGACAAGGAAGCGCCUGGCCAAGAUCGUGCUGGUUUUUGUGGGCCUGUUUGCCUUGUGUUGGUUCCCCAACCACGUGCUCUACAUGUACCGCUCCUUCCACUACCACCAGAUGGAUCUGUCGCUGACCCACCUCAUCAUCACCCUGGUGGCCAGAGUCCUCAGCUUCUCCUCAUCCUGCGUCAAUCCAUUCGCCCUCUACCUGCUCAGUGAGAGCUUCCGCCGGCACUUCAACAGUCAGCUGCGAUGUGGUCGAGGUCCCCGUCCUGAACGCCAACCCAGCUACAUGCACAGCACCUCUCACAUCCGCCUCACAUCCAUCAAGAAGACCACACCCACUGCUGUCAUCAUGGCUCCAGCAGCAAAUGGCAACCCUAACAGACAGGAAGUGGCUCUGUGAAGUAGGAUGUUUCCAAGAUGCUCUGCAGAGAGACAAGACUCUGGGGAAAAAACCCAGUGGAUGGAUGGGAAAGACACUCCUCACAUUUUGCACCAGUUGGAUGAUUCACACCAUCACCAUGGAUCAUGACCAUCACAAACAACCAAAAAACAAAAAGUGCCUCUUUGAAAAAGAGCAGAAAACACCCUGAGAAUGUGCUACAACUCUCCACCUUACAGGGUAUCAGUGAACAUCUGGAGGCAGUAGAAAGACUUUAGCUCUAACAUUAACAUUUUCAGUCCGAAGGUUUGAUGCUCUGUGGUGUUGAAGCUCUGAUUUGGAUAAGGUUUGCCUGUACUUUUGUCAGCUGGUUUGUGAAAUAAGAGUGGUAGCAUUAAUGGACAUCCAAGGACAUUUGGUAGAAUGAUGGAAGGUCUGACAUUUGACUUCCUGGAAGUAACCCUUGCUACUUUUAAGAUAAAUUAAGGCAGUUUUGUUGUUGAACUCCACAGAAACCUCUAUAAACCAAAACUGCUUUCUUCUGAAAAGAAUAAACUACAUGUGGCUUUGCUAAGUAGGCUGUUAGGUAGGCUCUGUGCACAUAAACAGUCACCACUUUACAGGUAUAAAUACCAGGUGGUACACAGGCUACUUCAUUUAAAAACUGGUGCAAACAUCUCCUACUGUUGUUCAAGAUUAUAUCUCGCAAGACUGAAACAUUUUCAAAAGGUACUCCUAUUUGUUCUGCUUGUAAAGUGUUUUUAAAAACAGUAAAAAAAUGUCUUAUGCAGUAACAUCACCUCACACUGAACGAAAAAGAAAAAAACAGCUUCUAAUUGCUAAUUGCUUCUAAUCUACAAACGUCUGUUUCCCUGGCAGUAUAAAUAUGACGGGACAGAGAGGCCCAAUACUCCAUUCAGAAAAACAGAAAAUCAAGAGAACAUGCCAUUCAAGUAAGAAGGGUGUGUGUUGAUCUUCCUAAGUCAAAAAAUGGCAAAACAAAAUCAAUCACAAGUCUAAAGGUGUCCCAAACUACAGUCAGAGCAGUAAUUAAAAUGUUACACAAGAAGGGAUAAGGACCUUGUCACCAUGCACAGUGAGGAGAUGUUACAGCAGCUGGAAAUAUGACAAAUUCUUACUGCUGACAACUGCAGAAAGGACUGGCAGAAGUCUUCCUAACAACCAGUAGAAGCUAAGCCAAGUGGUAUCUUGGGUGGCAUGCUAAGAAAAAGCUUUUUUCCUCCUACUAUCGCAAACACACACUUUACUGAGACCUUAACUGGAAAUGUUGCUUUGGUCAGAUUAGACGAACACUGACUUGUUCAGCAAGAAACACACCUGGUGGGUUUGGUGUGAAACAAACGAUGAAUAUGUGGAAAAAGCAUCUCAUGCACCUUUACCUUGGAUAUUGAAUCAACCUUCUUCCAUAGCCAUCUCAUGGCCAGAUCUAAAUCCUAUAGAAAAGCUGUGAGCUGAGCUAAUGAGAAGAGAGCAUCAGAUAGAACCCAGGACUCUGAGAGAUGUGCACAGAGGAAAGGUCAACGUUCACUCUCUUUGGGUGUUACAUCCUUGGGAAACAUUAUAGGGGAGAAGCAAGAACUGUUUCUAUAGUAUAAAGGGGUUGUGUAAAGUAUUAACAGUGGGGGAGGCAAUAAUUGUGCCCCUGGUGAUUUUGUUUGAAAGUUAUUUCUUUUCAUGGGAUAUUCCACAAUUAAAGGCAGGAUAUUGUGUUAGAAUUUCUCAGUGUGAGAUUGUGCUGCUGCAGUAAAAGAGGAAUAUAUUUUAAGGCUUUUUACACAUCUUCACUUGGGGCAUAAAAUACAGUUUUUAUGGUGCCAAAAUGAUCAAUUAAUGAAAAUAGGUCAGAUCUUCUUGACAAUGUUUUCCCAACUUUCCCUGCAAAGGACUGAACUAUUUUAAGGCACAAGAUCAACAUGUGAGAUUCCUGUGAGGUUGUUAAAUAUCCUUAAUUAACAGCAGAGUUGUCAGUUUCCCUAAAACCAGUAAACAUUAUUAACGACUGAACCGGUAACUGUCUACAGAAAACUCUUCUGUGCACAACUUCUGACCUCCUGUGCACUUUACUGCAAGCCGCCGAAGGCUCAGAAAACUAUUAUUUGGAAUUCAUUAACUGUUAGUGAGUUGAACACAAUCCCCAUUUUCCUUCUGCGGCCUGUAAUUAGUGUCUAAUUGCAUUACAGGAAUGAAUUUUUACUAAAGAGCUGUGAAGUAAACAAUUACAGAAAUGAUCACUCAAUCAAAGAGUGUUUAAUUAAAUGGGUCGAUACACUUCCAAGAGUCAAGUUUCAUAUUUUCAGUUAAUCCGGCUGCUAAUAUUUAUUUUCAUCUGGCUUACUGCGGGAUAGGUCAUUAUUUGCCCAACAUGAGCUCCUCUCUGUAAGGUUCAAAAGACGAUGACAGGCGCUGAAGAAAGCAAUGCUUUACAGAGCGAUUCUUGCUGGAUGCACUAAAAGAGCCCAGUGAUUACUGUCAUUGCUUUGUGUUGGUGCCUCAGCCUGAACUCAGAGGCGAUGACAUUUCUGUGCUUUAUUUAUCUGAAAGCCUCUACGCUUUGCUCUUCAUUACACCAUUUUGUGAUGUUUUUCCUUCUUUUAAAUGCUGGAUGUGUUUUUUUCAAUGUACUACGCAUGCUUCUCCUUUUUCUGCUUCGUUCUUUAAUAAAUGUUCCUGUGCAGGCAA